AUGAGCAAUCAAAAUAGUCAAAAUAUCAAAACUAUCAAACAAAUCUUGAUAUUAUUAAAUUACAUAAAUAUCACAGGUUCAAAUAUACAAAUAAUUUAUCAAAUUCCACUUAAUUUGGGCUAUGAAAGUACUAAAUAUGAAAUUCCGAUUGUUUUGUAUCUUUCUAUUGGUAGUAUAAAAUUUUUGUCAUUACUUGACUCUCAUAAGUUAAUUAUAUAUUCAAGUAGAUUAUCACUAGAAUAUAGCAGAAUAAUAGGUUUUGAUAAUGCAAUGAGAGCUUUUAAUAGUGAAGAGGUCAAUAUCAAAGAUCCAUUUUUAAUGGCUCUCUUUUAUAAAAUUAAUAACGAUUUAAGGUCAAUUUUCUCUAUUGAAAAUAGCAUUGAGCUUGCAAUACAAGAGUCCUUCGAAAAUAUGGAAAUAGAUAAAUUUAAUGAAUUAAAUACUAUCGAUAUAGUAGUUUCCAAAUUUAUACUAUUAAAAUAUAAUAUAGAUUUAACUUUUAGUAAUGAAGUUAUUUUGAGUUCUGAAUUUAGAAAACUCAUUACUCUUUUUACAAGGGAUUUGGAUAUAUUCAAAAGUGAGAAUUUGAAUGGAAAGGAUAUUACUUUUAGAUAUCUAAUUGGUAUAAUAAUUGAUAUUUCUAUUAAUAUUGAGAAGGUGGUGAUUAAUACAACUGAUGAAUAUUUUAGUACUAUUAUUUUGUCUCUUGAAAAUUUAAAAUUAAACUCUACAAUAAAGAAGUGUUCUGUAUGCUCGUUUUCAUUUUCAGUAAAUGAUAUUUUGUUAAAUACUCCAAUAUAUUCAUAUGUAAAAGAAUUUAAUAAUUUUGAAUGUUCCUUUAUUAAAUAUACAUGUAAUUUGUUUCAUAUUGAACUUUCUCAUGUAGACUCAAGCUUUUUUAUGGAAUUGAAUUCAGGAGAUUUGAUAUAUAAUAGUUCAAACACACAAAAUAUUAAUUAUGUAAUGAAUAUUCCAAAGAUAGAAGGGAAGCUUUUAUUUAAUGAAAAUAUAAAAAAUAAUAUAAUUGCAGAAUUUUUGGAUGGAUCAAAUCUAUUGUCUAAAAUAUACAUUGAUAUUAAUAUAAGCAGCCCAAUUAUUUAUAUGAAAUCAAUAUAUCGCAACGAAGAGAACUGUAUUCAAGAUUGCUUGAAUCAAUCUCAUAUGGGACAACAAACCUUAACUAAAUUUAUGUCAAGUUUAUCUUUGUUGAUAAUUGUUAAUUUACCUUUUCUAGAUAUAAUUAGCUCAGAAAUAAAUAUAUCAGUGCAAGAUUGUAAAACAUGUUUGAAGAUAAUGGAUGGAGAACUCCGUUUAAACCAUGAUGUUCAGAAUGUACUUAUAGACUCUAUAAAAUCAGCUUGUUACACAAGGCAUACAUAUGGAGAUUUAAAAUUACUAAUAGAUGACUCCAUAGUCUCAGUUAUGAGUGGAAACUUCAAAGUAAGGUUACUAUUUGAACAAAUAUUUUAUCAAUAUGACAAAGCAUACAUAUUACAAAGCAUAAAAAAGGGAACAGCAGCAAUUUUAGAUAUCCAAUUAUAUAGAUGGAUAUAUAUAGACUUUUUAUCUAUUAAGUUGGGACUUUUUGAGUUUGAAGUGUUUUUUUCUAUCUUGCUAAGUAAUAUACCUAGAAAAUAUAAUAAACAAGAUAACAUAUUAGAUUCCAUACAUAGAGGCUCUAUCAUUUCUCGAUUUACGAAUAUCUUAAGAAAUAAGGUCGUAGUUACCUCAGAUCAAAUAACUAUCAAACUCAGUGAUAAUUCAUUUAAUGGGAGGAACAAUUUUCAGCCUGAAUUAGAAUGUUUUUCAGAAGAACUCAAAAUACUUGGUAACUCUCAAUAUAUACUCUCUUACAAGUUACUACGUAUAUCAUUGCAAAUGUCUGAAUAUUCAAAUAAUAAAUUAUUCAGAUACAAGUUGAAAAUAAACAAUUUAAAAUUCCUACAUUAUACAUUGGAUAAACAGAGAGUUAUGACUAUUUUUAAAGCUGGAAUUAUUCAUAUAGUAGUUGAUAAUGAACCUAAAGUUGAUCCUAAACUAUUCUACAAAGUUAUUGAAGAUUAUUCAUACAAGUUUUUACCUUCAGAUUCUACAAAUCACAUUUCUAUUUUAAUUAGUCUUUUGGAAGAUGAUUCAAAUAAUAAUAGAAAUGAUGAUAUAUAUCCUCAAAAUAAUAGUUUGGAGUAUAUUGAAUUUAAUAUCAGUGAAAAAGUUAUACAUGAUAUUUUUCUAAUUAGUUUUAUUACUGAGUUGCCUCAGUUAAUUUAUAAUAAUGAAAAUAAAUCUAUAAACUCUUUGCCUUUAUAUCCAGGGAUAUUACAAAUUACUUCUGGCAAAAUACAUGUAAAUUUUUAUGGUAGAGAUUAUAUUGAAGAUCCAAUUAUAUUUCUUCAAGUUAAUGGCAUUUCUUUUUCAAAUAAUAGACUUAAUUCUUUAGGUGAACUCUCUAUAUACUUGCCCAAUAUCAGUAUUUAUAAAGACAUCUGUAGUAUAAAAUCUAUAUUAUCCAUAUUAAACUUUGGUCAGGACUUUUCUUGCGGAGUAUUUGUAAAGUGGAUGCAAAAUUGUAUAAAUAAUAAGUUAGAGACAAUAGUUUGUAUGGAACUUUCAUCUUUUUAUUUCUUAUUAUCACCAUAUAUUGUAGAGUGUAUAAUUCAUGCAAUAUCUAUUAUUAUAUCAUAUACUAGAAUAUUUCCAUAUAAUGGAAUAAACUCUGAAGUCUUUUUAAAUACCUUUUACAACAGAAAAGUGAAAUAUAUCUUUAAUUUGGAAAAUUUCAAAAAAUUAAGUAAUUUGACAAUUCUAUCAUUCAGUAUAAAUGUACUGUCUUAUUGUAUAUACUUAAUAAAUGACGAUAGUUUUAUAGAUUUCAGAUAUCUUGCUACAGCAUUAUUAACUGGUAAAUACCACAUAUUUUUGGAAUUUCAGUUUAAUGAGAGGAAAAAAGUUACUUUUAAAUUAGAAAUUCUCAAUCAGAAACUAAAUUUUUUAGUUGGAUAUUUGCAAAACAAUAUACAGUUAAAUAUUACUAACUUAGAUAUUGUAACUUUCGUGCUACCUUUAGUUCACAAAUUGAAGUAUUUUGAGAUCAAAAAUACAUACAAAGACUUCAAAGAAGAUAAUGUUUGUUAUGAGCUUGUUUAUCGGAAAUCUUAUAUUGUUGAAUAUUCAAAAUUAAUUGAGCAAACGAAAAUAGCAUAUUUUCAUGAUUUAUCAAUACAUUCUGUGUCAAGAUGGGAACAUGGUUUUAAUGUUACAAUUUUUUGUGAUCUACAUAUAAAUUCCCCUACUGAUGGUAUUUCUGUAAAACAAAAAUUAGAUUUUACAAAUAUUGAUAUAGUUUUUGUUCCUCAUGCUAGUACAAUAGAUCCAGAACUAUGUUUGCCAUUUUAUAUGAUCUUAAAUUCCCGUGAUUGGACUUUAAUUAAAAGUGUUUUAUCGGGAUUUUCCAAUUCGAAAACUUCAUGUAGAAUCACUAAAUCUAUUUACCGUAUGGAUACAUCAUACUUUACUGUUAUUCAUACAAUACAAAGAUUAUCUUUGAGACUACCGAGCUUUUAUUUAGGAUACUGCAUAGAAGAUUUUUUAAUAUCUACAGAGGCCUUGAUUUUAAGAUUUAAAGAACUUAUUAUAAAUAGCAAUAACACUGGAAGUGGAAAUAUAUUUAAUACUAGCCUAACGAUAGGUAUUAGCAAAUUUGAUAUAUUAGGAGUAACAUAUUCUGCAGUAAAAAAAGAUACCAUGCAAAAGCUGGAAAUAUUCAAUAAUGGUAUUAAUUAUGUGUUAGACAUUCCAAAUAAAACUUGCCAUAACUAUUCAAUAUUGGGACCAGCUGAAAUUUCUUUGAAUUUGUCCAUUAAUACUGUACCUAAAUAUUUAAAUGCUUCAUUAAUAUCAAUAUUUGUACCUUUUUCAAUAUUUACAACUUAUAAUUACAAUUCAAAAAUAUGUUUAAUACUCAAAAUUAAUUUAGGAAAUAUUGUUUUUACUGACAGACUUUUUGAGUUUUUUAACAAGAUAUCAGUAAAUAAUAGCCAAGAAUUUAAUUCGAUAGAGGUUGAAUACUAUUAUAAUAUACUUAGAUUGGAUGCAGGAAAUAUAAAAUCUACUGAGAUAAAUGAUCUAAGGCAAUGCCCAUAUUAUUUAAGUAUAAUGGAAAGUACUCUUGAUUUACUAAUUAGAGAUGCAAAUUCUAAAAAAUGUCAAAAUGUUAUAAUUCCAAUUGUUUGCAUUUUUUAUGAUAAUAAAACUGGGGAUCCUUUAAACUUAGAACUACCUGUAAAUAAUUUUAAGAUAAAGAUAUAUCCAAAAUCAAUAUAUUUAGUUGGGAUAAAAGACAUUUUUCUUAUAUCCAGAUUUAGUCUCAAUUACAAAGAGACAAGGAAUAGCAACAGCUCACUAACAGCUCUUUCUACAGAAAAAUAUUUGAUUGAAAAAUACCAGUAUAAUACUUUUAAUGCAAUGUUUGGCAACUACAAGUUUCUUAGUAUAACUAUACAAAACCAAACAAUAUUGAAUAAAUCAAAAGCUCUAUAUAAAGACAGUAUUCAAGCAUCUUUUAAUUAUCAAUAUCAAUAUUUUCCGUGUAUUCUUAUAAAGUCACUAGUUGAAAUAAACUCAGAUCUAUCUUUUGAUAUUGAAAUAGUGUUUAUAUCUGAAAUAAAUGAUGAUUUUUUUAAGUACGAUUUGAAAUCGAACAAAGUACUAGAAUUACCGAUAUCAGUUGCUUCUUCUUGUCCUUAUAUGAUUAUCAAAUCAAAGUUACAUCCAAAUAUUAAAGUUACUAAACCUAAUGAAGAUACAAUUUUCAAUUAUCCUUUAUUCAGUAAAAUUUGGUCUUGUUCGUGUAAUUUACGUAUACUAUAUCAGGAAGCAGUAAGAUCUAAAAAUUUACACUCAUUUACCACAUCUUCAUCUUGUAUAUCAGAUUUUGGAGGUAUAUUUUUUGGAAUUGAAUGUUAUAUAGACUCAAAACAAGUUAUUAAAUAUAGGAUUUUUUCUCCAAUACAAAUAACAAAUAGUUUAAUUUUCCCUAUUGAGUUUAGGUUAUCAGAUUAUAAGGGUAACCACAGCCUAAGAAAUACCAAUGAGAAUCAAUGCACUUAUACAAAAAAACUUAAACCUUUUAUAACAGAUCAAGUCACUAUGUUUGAUUCAGCUAAAUCUUUAAUGCUACAAGUUAGAGCAAUACUAUACUCAGAUGCUUGUGACUCGUGGUCAUCUUCAAAAGCUAUAGUUAUUAACUCACGUGCAGGGAAUAUUUUAGAGUAUAAUCUUGAGUAUAUACAUGGUAUUAAUGUAUCAAAUAUUUCUAUAAUUGUUUCAAAUGAAAGAAAUCAUGUAAACAUAUUUAUAUGGUGCUCUUUAACUAUUGUUAAUCAUACAGAACAUCGUCUUAAAUUUUUGUCCAAGUCAUUUGAUGAGUGUCAUUCUACAGAUAAACAACCAAGAGAUAACAACUUCGGUAUUUGCAAUUCAGUAAUUCUAGAUCCUUCUUCAAAUUCUAAAUCAGCUCUUAGUAGUGAGAAUUGGGAGAGCAUAAAUUCUAAUUGGGAGUCUUUCUUACCAGAGAAUGAGCUGUCUUCAUUUUGUGGUGUUUUAGAAUCAAAUCAAUAUUCUUUAUACUUACUUUCAAAUGAAUAUAGUAAACAGGAAAUUGAACAAGAUAAGGACAUAAUUCUACAAGAUAACGAAGAGGUUAGUUAUUUGAUUCCUCUAUAUUUAGACGAUCAAGUUCAGGAUAUGGAUUACUACUCCUCAGACCUGUCCCUCACAAAAUUAUCUUCUUCUUGGCUUAUAAUUGAAUUUUCAAAAAUUUCAAAAGUUGUAGCUGUUACUCUUUCAGGUUUUUAUCCAUCUUAUAAAUCCAGAAAUUUACCUGAAGAAGUAUCUGAGAGGCUUUCAACUUGUAAGAUCCUGAUAUUUCGACCGUCUUGGGUCUUAUUAAACUUAUGUUCUUAUCCCCUAAAUAUGAUGUGGUCUCUAAGUAGACAAGUAUAUUCUCUGAAAAAUGAUUUAGAUUUGGAAAACUCAAUUUUAUACCAUAUUCCCCUAUUUUGUGAAUUUGACACAUUUCCUAAAAUAGUGCAAGGUGGAAUUGAUCUGAAUGAUAUAGGAAAAUUAUCUAAACGUUCUAUUUGUGGGAAAAUGUGUUUUUACUCUUCUUUAAGUGGUUAUUCUUAUGGGUACAUAAAUUUCCAAAGAGUAGAUAUGAAAUUCUCUUCUCAUUCAGAUGGUGUCUUUUCAUCAAGUUGGACAAAUCCAUUUGCCUUGAAUUUUUCAAAUACUAAAGAGAGUUCCAAACAAUAUAUUUGUAAUCUAUAUUAUAGUAAAUAUCCUUUAUCUAGUUAUCAACAAAUAUAUUCUAACUGGAGUGUGAUCAGAGUCAACAUUUUACAUAAAUUUGGAACUUUUAUUAUCACUAUUACACCGAUAAAUAAUGAUAUUGAUAAUUUAUAUAAAGACUUUCCUUUAAAAAGAAUCACAUGUUGCUACAAUAGUUCUAUUAAGGGUGUGAAUCAGGUUCCUUUUGUCAUUGAAAAUCGUCUUCCAUUUAAUUUGUAUUUUCAGCAGCAAUUGCCUUAUACUUCCGAUUCAGAAAUCUCAUCGCUGAUUACUGGAGACUCUCAAAACUCCCUAAUUAUUUCAGAGACUAUUGAUAAGUUACAAAAACCAAGAUUUACAAAUUCAUGCAUUAAGGAUUUUGGUAAUUCAACUCUUAAAUUUAAAGAUGAUUUGGAUUCUCAACUUGAAUGCUUUUCAAAGGAAAUAUCCCUAAUAUCAAAGAUUAAAGAGAAUUCUUCGAAUAAUCUUCCUUUAGAUUUAUAUUGGUUGAAUACAAGUAAUUAUAGAUCAAUUCGUGAACAAAAUAUAAAUUCUAAAACUAUAUCUCAAAAUACUACGGAAUUGGGAAUAGAUUCUAGAAAGUCAUUCAAUCAUUCAGAAAAGUAUAUUUUAGAGUCCAGUACCAAUAUUCAAUCUAGUACAAGACCUAUAAUACUUAUACCAUCAAAUUCAGGUCCUUAUAUUUGGGCAAAAGAUACUGAGAUUCCCUUAUCUAAUGAAGUAAAAAUUUUGAUUCUACAGGAUAUAUACAAUCAAACCAAUGAACCUAAACUUCAGAGCUAUUUUUGGACAAACUCAAGUCAUAUUUCCUUUUAUGAAAAGCCUUGUUCACUUAGAGUUAUUGCAUCUAUUUCUUUGAAUCCUAAUAAUCUCUCUAUUAAGAAUAAUCUUUCGCUAUUAGUACUCCCAAUAUUCUGUAAAGGUAGAGAUAUUUUACAUCCUUAUUGGUGCAUCGCUAGAUUUAGAGUAUCCGAGAUAAAAGUAAAAAGUGCUUAUAAAACUUUUUCUGGAAUAUUUAAUGUAUAUAGAUAUCCCACUAUAUUUAUUAGCUUGGAUGAAUUUGUUACAAUUGAUAGUAUAAGCUAUAGUAUAUUUGUGUGGCCUAACUCAAAUACUACUUUACAAAGUCGAAAUAUAAGAGACUAUGAAUCCACACUUGAAACUGUAUCAGAGCAUCAUAUUUCAUGUUUUAAUAUGCGUAUUUCUUUGGACUCAACAAAUAUUACAUUUGGGGAUAUAUUUAGCGUUUGCAAAAUUCCAAACUAUAGUACACCUUACAAAAGCUCUUUACCUGUAAUUAAUAUUUUUUUGGGACCAGUGAAAUUUCAACUUUCCACUCCUAUUCAAAUUAAAAGAAAAAAAUAUAACAAAUAUAUAUUGAAACCUUUUUUGAAAUCUAAAUAUUUGACCCUGUAUCCGCAUUUACAUUCGAAAUCGUUAAAUAAAAGGAUACUUAGAAUUCAUAUAACUGCAGAAUAUAUUGAAGUACAUCUAUUAAAUCGUUUAAGUGAAGAUAUGAAAUUUGUUCAAAUUGGAAUGUUGUCUACUAGACUUUCUGAUCAAAACACUUCUUUAAACUGCCCAAGGUACUGUAGGAAGUUAGGUUUUUUAAGCAGCUCACUACUCCAGAAUAGCACCAUCUCAUAUAAAUCUUCUAAAUGCUCCUCUGAAUUCUCUACUUCAUCUCAUCAUAGUUCACUGCAGCAGGUUACUCUCAAGCUAGUUAAACAAUGGAAUAAUCAACUUAAAAAUUCAGGUUUAUCUGAUUUAGCCACUAGUUAUUUUAGUAACUGGACUAAGCUAUCAAGUUCAAGUAAUUGUUUUCAUAUUCUUUUGGAUCUUGAAUUAUCAAACAAUUAUACUCAGGAAUAUCAAUAUAACACUAGAAUAUGUUCAAAAUCUCUAUUUCAAAUAAUUAUACAUCGCCUAAUGAUCAUAAUACCAUCUAUUAGUGUUAUACUUGAUACCAAUCACAUUGAAAAAAAUUUGGAUGAGAUAAGUAGACAUUUAAAUUUUAGAGCUAGGAAAUAUAAGAUCAAGAAUUUAGAGGAUACCAUGGCACAAACUUCUAAUAUAUCACGAUUCAUUUUUAAUGAAAUAACGAAUUUCAAUAUGUCAACCAAGUCUGAAUUUAACUUAUGGUUUGAUACUUUAUAUAUUGGAAUUGGUGAAACUAAAGUAACUGUUAAGUCUUUAAUGAGGGUUUUGUCUAUGAAUAAUGCAAGACUAAAAUGGAAAUCACUGGAAUUACAUUCCUUACUAUUAGCUCCAAGAGAAGCUUGGAAUCAUACACAAAAUUACUUUAUACAUCAACUAUUAUUGCAAUCUUACCAAAUAAUAUUUGCCUUGGAUAUUCCUGUAGUUAAACCCUUUGAACGUAUAAGAAAUUUUGGAAGUAAUUUAAUAAAGGGAUUGAAGCAAUUUAAAAAUAUCUUCAUACAUGGAGAUUUAACAAACUCUUCUUUAUUAUGGAUAUGUACUCCUAUAUCAGCUAUAAUUUCUACUAUCAAAAAUAUAAUAUACUCAGCAAAUAAAUUCUCUGAUAUAGAAAGAGCAGAACUCCCAUUAGAAAAACCAAAAAUUAAUGACUUGUGGGAAGAGGAACUUGAGUUUCAGUGA